AUGGCCGCCCAACCGGUUGAUUAUAUCAACCUGCGAAAUAUCCGCUUCCCGUUUCCCCUCAUCGUUGAUCCUGAUGCUUGGGGUCGACCGAACAAGCCUCAGCCCGCGAUACUCUCCCUCCGUGUUGCUUUCCCGAGAUCCCUGAUAAACGAAGCCGCACGGAAUGACCACGUUAGAACUACACUCAACUACAGCGCUUUAUACAAGACCUUAGAAGGAAACAUAAGGGGAGCUAUCGCAAGAGCUGUAGACCCGCAAAGCGGCGCGCCAAAAGGCUUGGGUCUGGCGGGACUGGCAGACUUGAUUGAAAGUAGUGUGGACACUGAGCGAUAUGACCAGCUGAGUUCAUCUGGCAUGGCGUUGGGGCCAUUUAUGACAGCCGAGAUGAUUCUUCACCUUCCAAAGGCUGUGUUACGGGCUGCUGGAGGGUUGAGAUGCCUAACGCGAACCAACGUGUCCGGCGAGAGUGAGAGGGAAUUUCGGAUUGAGGACAUACGGUGCUAUUGCAUCAUCGGCGUGAAUGAGCAUGAGAGACUUGAGAAACAAGCUGUCGACGUUGCACUGAUAUUCAAGUGUGUGGCGUCAGACACGGUUAGGACUGCUGCCUUUGCCCAGACGUAUCCGCAAAUAACGAAGAAAGCCGCUGAGUUCGUCGAUUCGUCGUCCUUCGAAACUGUUGAGGCGCUUGCAACUGAGGUGGCUAGAUUAGUUAUCAUUGACUUUGGCUGGGGCGAGGUGACUGUGAAAGUAGAUAAGCCGAGCGCAUUGGCUUUCGUGGAACACUCUGGCGUGGAGAUGACGAGGACAGCCAGUUUCUUUGGGGAAUGA